CAAACCUGAUUGCAUUUGGAAAAAUGCUGAAUAAGUGAUAUUUGCACUCCUGCCGCUACUUCAGCGGGUUUCCCGAUGUUGGAGUGACCACUCGUGGGGUCCCUCACAAGUCAUGCAGCUCGGAGCAUCAUCGUUGCUUUCAGAUAGCAUGAAGCUGCUGCUUGUGCUUGUGGUGGGCAGUCAGUUCUUCCACUCCUCACAUGCAACUUCCUUCAAAGCCCUUUCCUGCAGUGAGCAGAGGGUGGUGAAGGCAGCAGAGCUGGCAGUGGAUCACAUAAAUGCUGACCAGCCAGAGGGAUACAAGUACGUGCUGAACAAAGUUGAAAAUGCCCAGGAAGAUCGAGAGAAGCAAGGUAUACCUUUUGUGUACAUUGAAUUUGAGAUACUGGAAACCAGGUGCCACUCAUUGAAUCCUAAACCUGUGGGAGAGUGUGAAGUGCCAUCUGGUCCCGAAGCUAUUUCUGGUGACUGUAAAAUGCAGUUACAAAUGAGUAGAACAUCCAGAUGCAUCGAGGUCCAGAGAUACUGGUGCUUGAUAUCACCAGACUCUGAUGACAUGGUUCUGAGCCGGUGCCCUUCCUGCCCACAUCGUAUUGCUCUAAAUCAUACAGAUGCCAGCCACGCUGUUGCAGCAGCGCUGAAAAAAUACAACCGACACAGCAACAGGACAAAUUAUUUUGCAGUAAAGAAAAUAACUAAAGCUUCCUCCCAGAUGCUUGCCGGGAAAAAAAUAUUUGUUGAAUUUGUCAUCCAGGGAACUGCAUGUGCUAAAACCUCUCCUCUUCCAAAUUGUCCAGUGAAUGAAGGAACAUUUGCAUCUCGUACCAAAGCUUUCUGCACUGCCACUGUCGAAAAACCCAUCCCUGGCCGAGAGAAAGUUGAAGUGAAUUGUGACUUCUACAGACCAAAGGUGGCAGUCAGCUCAGUAAGGAAUAAAGUAGCGAGCUGUAUCCGACAAAGAGGACAAGGAAGAAGAAAUAAGAGGCAAUCCAUACUUAAGAAGAAACCUGGCCAUAAACAGGCAAGCCCAAAGAGUGGAACUCGCAGGAGAACUGAAUCCUCGGAGGAAGUACAGGGUGCACUGGGCUUCACUAUUGGCACAGGCAGUAGAAAUGACUACCCACAACUCCCUGGACCUCGAAGGAUCUGUCCAGGAAGAGCCCGGUACCUUGGAGGAGCCGCUGGGCCUAUGUGAUGUGCUUCUGAAGUAAAUACAGAGAGAAGCUUCACAGCUGACAAUCUGUUCUUUUCUUUAAUAUUAGGAAGUAGUUUAUACUGAUUGUGAAGGGCACAGACCUGAAACAUAUUAGAAGAUGAAAACCAGAAAAUAAAUGUAUAAUUGAUUUAUAAAAUAAAAUAAAAGGCUGAAAUGAAUGUGACCUUU